AAACCCUACCCGGUUCCCUUCCAACCACACUGGCACCCUAACAGCAGCAGCAGCUGCAAACAAAACGAAAACACAAGAAAGAAAGGGCUAGGAAGAAACGGGGGGAAACAGAGGGAGGCAGGGGAGGAAGAGAGACACGGCUAGCAACGGUGGGCAUCGCCGUCGCCGCCGAGUUGCCAGCCGCCGCCGCCAUGGCACACCGAAGGAAGAACGGGAGUGAGGGAGCUUAGCCGCGAGAAGGGGAGGCGCGGGUCUGACUCGUCCCCGCAGAUCCGCCCGUUCCGACCCGUCACCGUCGCGAGGAGGAGAAGUCCCUGUCGCCGUUCCGUUAACGCUGCAUCCCGUCGCGCUCAUCGCCGCCACUUCCAGGCGUCAUCGUCAAAUCGCCAAGGGAGGGAGAGGGACGCGAUGGAAGUGAGGAUGGAGGAGCUAGCGUCGCUGUCAAACUGUUGUGGAGCCACCAAAGCCGUCGCGUCGCCGCCGUCGUCCUCACUGCGCCGCCGUCGCCCUUGCCGCGUGGUCAGUCGCCGAUCUGGUCUGAGAGAGAGGGAACGCGAACAGAAGGCAAGACCGGGAGCCACCAUCACUGCUCGAUGAACCCCAGUGCUUCCUAUCGCCUCUGCCGCCUGGAGCCGCGUCGCCGCACCUGGUGGCCGGAAACCGCCACUGAAGCCGGUGUCGUUUGGAGUUAUCGUGAGUUGCCGCCGCCAGACCCACAUCGGAGCUACUGCCAUUCACCGCCGCUGGUGUUGUUCGUCGCUGUGCUUGCCAUUUGGAGCGGCUGCAUCGCUUCUUUCACCGUUACGCUCACCGGGAGUGGCGCGGGUGUUGCUGGAACCACCAUCGGGGAUGCCGCUACUCGGUGUAGUUCUUCCCUUGUUGCGAACCACCGUCGGGACUACCGUUGCUUGAUUUGGCCGUUCUUUCUUAGUUUUGUGUUGCUGUGGUUACCGCGGGAGUGGCUUGGAGCCAAGGUUGCGUGGUUGGUGAUCUCGGUUUGAGAGAGGAGGUUCCUGCGACGCGUUUGAGUUAUGGAAUUGCGUUUUGAGACAUACAAUGUAGAAGGACAAAUAAAUGCUAAUGAGGCAGCGACACAAGGGAGGAGCUAUAUGCGAUGCAUAUGAUGUUUUUAGGCAAUCAAGUAGAGGCAAGCUGUUGAAAAGAAGAAAAUGGCGGCCACUGUUGAAUAGAAGAGAGAAUAUUUUAUGAAGGUUAUGAGCUUACGAUUAUUACAUAGGUUGUUUUCAUACAUAGAUAUAUCAAGGAAAAGAGUAGUACAGAACAUGAUUUUUGUAUAGCAGCACGUUUUAUUUUAGAUUAUAGUGGUAGGGGUAGAAUG